AUGUGUUACAAACUGGUGGAACGGUUUUCAGUCUGUGGCUGUCUUUACUUCCAACACGCGGUUGAUCCGUGUGAAGCAUAUGGCCAACGAGGCCAUACGGUGCAGGAGAAAACGGUUCUCGUUGGGUAUACCUGCGACAAACAUACUGUGAGACGGGGCGAGCCUACGCCAAAGGGAACGACUUGGCCGGAUUCCGGCUACUCCAGCGCCAAAGGGUAUUGA